AUGGGCGCGGUAACUGAUAAAGCACAAUGUUUUAUAUGUAAUCAAGAAACAAACACGUAUGAAUGCAAAGGAUGCUCGGAACAUUUUUGUUCCAAACAUUUAGCACAACAUCAUGAAAAAAUUAAUCAACAAUUUGAUAAAAUUAAAGAUGAUUGUAGUUCAUUUUUACAAACAGUUAUUGAUCAAAAAGAUGAUCUAAAAAAACGUCCAUUGAUACAACAAAUUAAUCAAUGGGAAGAUGAUUCAAUCAAUAAAAUAAAACAAACAGCAAAUGAAUGUAGACGCAAAUUAAUUAAUUAUACAAAUAAAUAUAUUAUUCGUAUUGAAAAUAGAUUAGUUAAAUUAACUGAAGAAUUGAAACGAAUUCAUCAAGAAAAUGAAUAUAACGAAAUUCAUUUAAAUCAACUCAAAGAAACAUUAAUAAAAUUAUCAAAAGAAUUUGACAAACCAUCCAAUGUUGCAAUUGAACAAAAUUUUACAUCAUUUAUUAACAAAAUAUCUGUCAUUGUACCAUGUAGUAAGUGUCAUAAUCGUAUUUAA